CAAACGUAACGGCGACAGUCCAAACCAAAAUCGGUCUUUCUCUAGAUACUUUUUGCGGUAGCGCGUGAAUCAGAACGUUGUGCACGCGUCAUUGUCGCAAUUUCCGUUAUUUUUGCAUUCGGGCGCAAACUAUACUAAAACAGAAGAAACAACAACCUAAAACGCAGUUUAAAAACACCUCCUUGAGCGUGUUGUGUGUGCGAGAGUGUGUUGUGUAACUGAGAAGCGAGCAGGCUCUUCUCCGGCAAAGGUAAAAACGUCGCACAGACCAACACAUGCGAGGACAUCACUUGACAUCAUCGCUUACUUGUUGCAUCCAUUGUCCUUGUUCGUCCUUGCCAUCAAUCAGAGCUAGGCUAAGCUUCUCAUUCAGCUCUUAAUAUCGGAGGAUUAUUCAUCUCCAGAGAUCUCAAACGGAAUCCAUAGCAAUCGGACAAAAAUAAAACCAGCCUCAAGAUGUUUAUCGAAGAUGAUGCGCAAAUGGACAGCUUUUGGGUGCAGAGCGCAAUUGGCGCGAUCAAGGCGAUCGCCUUCAUGUACGACAUCAUCACGCUGCCUGUCUAUUUGGUGUUCCAAAAGCCCUGGAAACGCCGGCAGGACUCGCGCCGGGUGAAGGCAAAGAUCAUAACGAACGAUGACAAUGAGCUGACCUACCGGACUACGGAUCCGCCGCGUGAUGUCCACGUGAAGAUGCUGCAGGAGAACAUCGAUACGCUGGAGAAGGUCUUCAACUAUGUGGCCAAGACGUACACGUCGAAGCGCUGUCUGGGCACCCGUCAGAUCCUGAGCGAGGAGGACGAGGUGCAGCCGAACGGGCGCGUCUUCAAGAAGUACAAUCUGGGCGACUACAAGUGGAAAACGUUCACCGAGGCGGAGCGCACGGCGGCCAACUUUGGACGAGGUCUUCGAGAACUGGGCCAGAAGCCGCGAGAGAACAUUGUUAUCUUUGCCGAGACGCGAGCCGAAUGGAUGAUCGCCGCCCAUGGUUGCUUCAAGCAGGCAAUGCCCAUUGUGACCGUCUACGCCACCCUAGGCGAUGAUGGCGUGGCCCACUGCAUCACCGAAACGGAGGUCACCACGGUUAUCACGUCGCACGAUCUGCUGCCCAAGUUCAAGACCCUUCUGGACAAGUGCCCGCUGGUGAAGAACAUUAUCUACAUCGAGGAUCAGCUGCACAAGACGGAGACCACUGGCUUCAAGGCGGGCGUCAAGAUCUUGCCCUUCAACCAGGUGAUCAAAAACGGCCAGGACAGUAAAUACGAGAACGUGCCACCUAAGGGCGAUGACAUUGCAAUUAUUAUGUACACCUCCGGCUCCACGGGCACACCGAAGGGUGUCCUGCUGUCGCACAAGAACUGCAUUGCCACGAUGAAGGGCUUCUGCGACAUGGUGCCCAUUUAUCCGGACGAUGUGCUCAUCGGAUUCCUGCCCCUGGCUCACGUUUUCGAACUGGUUGCGGAGAGUGUGUGCCUGAUGACCGGCGUCCCCAUUGGCUACUCGACCCCGUUGACCCUGAUCGAUACCAGCAGUAAGAUCAAGCGCGGCUGCAGCGGAGACGCCACCGUGCUGAAGCCCACCUGCAUGACCUCGGUGCCGCUGAUACUCGACCGCAUCUCCAAGGGCAUCAACGACAAGGUCAACUCUGGCUCAGCGUUCAGGAAGUCGCUCUUCAAAUUCCUCUACCAAUACAAAGUCAAGUGGGUGCAGCGUGGCUACAAGACGCCUUUGAUUGACAAAUUGGUUUUCAAGAAGGUGGCCAAACUGAUGGGCGGCAAGGUGCGCAUUAUUAUGUCCGGUGGAGCGCCGUUGUCCGCGGACACACAUGAGCAGAUCAAGACCUGCCUGUGUCUGGACCUUAUUCAGGGUUAUGGUCUUACGGAGACCACGUCGGGAGCCACCGUGAUGGACUAUCGCGAUAUGACCUAUGGACGCACUGGCGGACCCCUAACCGUCUGCGAUAUUCGCUUGGUCAACUGGGAGGAGGGCAACUAUCGUGUCACCAACAAGCCGUAUCCCCAGGGCGAGGUGCUUAUUGGUGGCGAGUGCGUCUCGCAGGGCUACUACAAGCUCCCCGGCAAGACCAACGAGGACUUCUUCGAGGAGGGCGGACGGCGGUGGUUCAAAACCGGUGAUAUUGGUGAAGUGCAAGCCGAUGGCGUACUUAAGAUUAUUGAUCGUAAGAAGGAUCUGGUUAAGCUGCAGGCGGGCGAAUACGUCUCUCUGGGCAAGGUUGAGUCGGAGCUGAAGACAUGCGGCAUUAUCGAGAACAUAUGCGUGUAUGGCGACCCCACCAAGCAGUACACUGUGGCGCUGGUGGUGCCCAACCAAAAGCAUCUCGAAGAGCUGGCCGAAAAACAUGGACUGGCGGAUAAGACAUACGAGGAGCUGUGCUCAUCGCCCGUAAUCGAGAAGGCCAUCCUCAAGGAGAUUGCCGAGCAUGCGAGGAAAUGCAAAUUGCAAAAGUACGAGGUGCCGGCCGCCAUUACACUGUGCAAAGAGGUCUGGUCGCCGGACAUGGGACUGGUAACGGCCGCCUUCAAGCUGAAGCGAAAGGAUAUUCAGGACAAAUAUCAGCAUGAUAUUAACCGCAUGUACGCCUCAUGAAAGUCAAUGUACUAAGCCACAGAGACGUAGCAGAUGCAGUAACGACAACAACUACAACAACAACCACAACAACAACAACAACAACAACACGGAUACAGAUACAGUAGCGGCAUUGAAGCUGUGUGCGUACCAAUGGCGUCACUAGCACGACUCCUAAACUCGAUCUGAAAGCCAAGCCAAAACACCACGUGCAUGUCACGGAGAGUUCUCACAUUUACCGAAUUGGUUUCCUCUGUGUCCUCUUUUAAAAAUUCCUCGUUUUUCGUCAUCCCAAUAAAUGAAAGUUCGUUGACGUCUUGUUGGUAAGACCACAGUUUGAGGCUGGGUUUUGGUUUUUGGAUAUCAUCACGGAACGACGAUGAAUGAUGCUGUUGAACAGAUUGACAAGGAUAAUGAUAAGGAUUAUAAUAAUAAUAACUGAAUGCCGAUCACAUGAGAAUGAAUACUUGUAUAAUGUACAGUUUUUUUUCGGUUUUUAGAACAUUUUCUUUUGUGGCAAAUGAAUAUUGCAUAAACAAUACUUAUUUUUAUAGUAUGCUUAAGUGGUUGCCUAUUAAUUAUGUACAUACGAUAUAUACACACAAACACAUCUAUAUGCAUGCAUAUACAUAUGUGUAUAUUAAAUCUAAUAUCUAGUGUACUUCUCUAUGCUAAGUUUAAUGUAUGAAAAGAUCCCUGAAGUAAUUGAAUGAAGAAAGCAACUUGAUAAUGAAUUAAAAGCAAACAAAAAAUGAAAAGAAAAUGGAAUUUCCCUGGAAAAUGCUAUUGUUUUUGGCGCAAAAGUAAGAGUUACAUCUAAAUACAAAUGAAACCAUCCAAAAAUUAUUUUUAAUAACACACACACAAAGGCAGAGUAAAGGUUACAAAAAAAUGGCAAUUGUAAAAUAUAUAUUUUAGCUCAAUUUAGUUAAAUCUCACGUCAAAUGAAUUUUUAACAACACCUAACGAGAAAAGUCAAAAUUAUAAAGCAACAAAUGAAAGACUUAGUACUAAAAAAACAAAGGCCAACAAAUGUGGCUAAAUAUAUACAAGCAAACAAAAAUAUUUGUUUUAUAGAUGUGCAAGAAUAAAUUUUGGAAUAAAUUGUAGUCAUAUUUUUAGUUAAACUAUUGUAUAUUUAGGAAACAUUUAGCAAUUUUUUGUGUGCGGGAAACGUUGCGUUUCUUUCAAAAUAAAUUUCAAAUUAUAACACAAACACAGAUUUUCAAUUUCUGUACAAAAUCAAGACGGGACACGAGUGUGUGACGGUGGUACCUUGAUUCUCCUUCAAAAAGUCGGAAAUUGACAAUAUCACUCUGUUGAAAAUAAAACGAAUAAAUCUAAUAAUAAAUGAGUUACAACAAAAAGCUAAUAAACAUGUAAAACAAUUAUUACAAAUAAGUAUCACUGCAUUACUAUAUUUUUGAUCGUAUGAAAUACUGGAUAAAUCAAUAAAUGAAAACUAUUUUCUAGUUUUA